AUGACCAAAGAAGAUAGUCCUGAAGAAGAGAAUGGGAUCAUGGGCGGUUCGCGCUGUUUCAAUUGUGACCAAAGCACAUCCUCUAAAUUCAAGCCUGAAAAUCUUGGUGCUGCUUCACUAUUCAAGUUACCUAAAAGCCAGGACUACGAAACAAUCACAUACGAGGCUCCUGAAGUCGGUGUAGGUAAUCUGUUGCCGGAGUUUGAAGAUGUCAUGGGCAUGGAAAGAGAAAUUAGAGAGAUGCCCUCAGAUCGAAGGAAGCAGUUUUUAUUCUUGCACAACAUUGUCAAUUCUUCGAGUGACAACUCUCAAUUCCAAAACUCUGAUGAUCAAACAGAUAAAAGCUUAUCUCCUGCUCCAAUUGCCCAAGAUACAAGCCUUUAUCAUUUCAGGCUGACAGAAACUCCAAUGCCGCUGCCUGAACGGGAGGAAAACGAUUCAGACGAAGAAGAAAAUCUAGUAAGGUCCAUAUUAAUGAUGCCGCACUUAGUCGAAUAUUCAAUCCCUCAUGCAUUAAAACAUCUGCUGUGCACGGACGAUAAUUUGAUGGGGCUCAGUGACAGUAUAACUUUAGAGCGAAUUGUCAGGAAAAAGUCCUUAGGUGACAUAAUUCCAAUGAGCUCUCGAGGUACUAGAAAAUUCCUUCCUCUUGAGGUCGAUUUUUCACCUACGCACGAAUGCACAAAGAAUUUGAUCAACAUAUCAACUUUUAUUCAGAAACUCUCUGACAAAUUUCAACCUAGGAUUGGCUCCUUUUUCAAUACUAAGUUUCAAUUCUCAUACAGGUUCAAUAAUGGCAAAUUUGAGAUCACAUAUGGAAUUUUUGAGGAUCACGACUAUUUCACUCAAGAAAUGCGUGAUAUUGAUUAUAUCGAUCUUCAUGUUUUCUCAAGGUAUCUCCCAAAGGAUUGUUUUGUUGAAGCAAAACCUUAUUGCACAAAUCAGCCAUCCAAUGAAUGCUGUGAAAGAGAAUGGAGGAGCUUCAUAACAAUGACAGAUAUUUAUGCCGUGGUGGAUCACAUGCUCAAAGGUAAAUGUAGCUUCAUUCAGAAUAGUAGCCACCUACUGAAAUACAUCAAAAGAGGAGGUUCAUUGAAAGUUGCCGCCAAGCAUUAUGAGAUUUCAGUGCAGAAAAAUCAGCAGAGAAUCUUGAGCAAUAUCAAAAGGUAUAUUAAGAACAAGGAAGUCAUGUCGAUGCAGAGAGCGAAAGAGCUUGGCAAAGAGAACUCCCUGAAUAGUGAGUUUCACUUGGGCCUCUUUGAUCAGAUACUAGGAUAUUAUGAUGACUUGGGAUCAAACACUUCGUUACCAAAUGAAGCAACCUAUGUCGUUGAGUUGACGGAUUUUGAAGAAGUAAUCCGAAGCAUAUCGGCCAAAUAUGUUUACGAGAAGUAUGUUCACCCGGUAUGCAGUGAACACCCAACGCUGAAUUAA